AUGUCUCCGCACUCGUGCUCAGCCUUCGGCAUCCUUGGGCACCUAUCUCGCCUGUGCAUACUAACUUCUACAUCCUCUGAUACUGGUAUCACGCAGGAUCAGCUCGACGGGAUGCCAGCAGCUGGAAAGGCUCCGUGGACCUUAUUUGCAGUGGCGAUACUCUUCCAGGGCGUCCCCGACGCGAUUGCCAUUAUGGUGCAGGUGGGAGAUCGCGUCAAUCACGACAUCUUUGAGCACAAUGCCUCGCGCACGAGUGCCCAUACGCAGGCAACGCCGCCGCCCCACCAUCUCAAUUUCACCGGGUGCACGAGCUCAUUUGACCAGGCAGGGUAUCCUUGCACAGAGGCAAUUGAUGGGCAGUUUGACGAUUCUACAAACGGUUGGGCAUAUUUUUCAUACUUGCCAGCGUCGGUCGAGCUUACCCUGGAUUCACCAUCGUCGGUAUCGUCACUGGUGUUGUAUUCUGGUGUUGGGCGUGCCGAUCAUCAUAUUAACGACUUUGCCAUAGUGGUAAAGGUGGGAGGUGGAUAUCAGCCGAUUUCUGGUUUAGCAUUUGCCGGAUUUGUUGGAGCUGGUAAUAUUGAUGGCAAUACGGUGACGUGCUUCGGGCAGGAAGUGAUAUCCCUAACGUUUGAUGCGGCCCACAAUGUAACGGCAAUAAAGAUCGUCGUAUUCGGGUCUGAUGCGCCAAAUGACAACGCUGUGUUAUCAGAGGUGUUCGCCUACGCGCCAGAGAUUCUUUCAGUACCGGUGGUCGCUGGAGAUUUUGGCAUUGUUGGUUGUCAGUCUCCGUUGAUUGACAUUGCGAGUUCGUACGAUUGCGAAAGGGCAGCUAAUUCAAUGAGACGCCCCUGGAUGGGUAAUGUGUCUAUUUCAGAUAUCACAUUCGAAGGCUGCAUUUUGAGCGAUCCUGCAGCUGAUUUGAUCGAUUGCGGCGGAUGCGUCUGGUGGAAGACGAACCCUGCGUCGGAUGGAUCGUGGUGCGUCGGUGCCGGCAUUAUUUGCGACGGCGCAUCGAAUGUGAAGUAUGGCCAGGUCUGUGUGGCACCAGUGCCAGCACCCACUCCCGCGGCGACGCCAGCAACGACCGCAGCACCAACACCAUUGGCAACAGCGGCAGCAACGACCGCGGCACCAACACCCUUUGCAACAACGGCAGCGCCCACCAGCACCAGCAGCGGCCCGAUGGUCUCCAGCGUCGGCGACCCGCACCUCGUGAACACCCACGGCCAGAAGUUCGACCUGCUUCAGGCUGGGCGCCAUACAUUGAUCAACAUCCCCAGGUGGGCGCGGAAGCGGGCCAACUUCCGCGUGCAGGCAAGGGCGAGUCGUAUUGGGGCUGGGUGCGCAGACAUCUAUGUUACGGAGAUAAACAUCAGCGGUUCGUGGGCUCAGCGUCACCGGGCAGCGGACCUACGUUGGGUCGCCGAGGCCGUGAGGCCUGGUAAGGCCAAGUGGAUGAAGUUCUACAACACAAUCAGCGUCAAGAUUGUACAUGGCUAUACCGUCCAGAACGCGAAAUACUUGAACAUUUUCGUGAAGGGGCUGGAGAAGACAAAGGCCCAGGUGGGCGGCCUCCUCGGGGAGGACGACCACACGGUGGCCACCACCCCAGACAGAGGGUGCAAGAAGCGCAUGACUAUGUGA